AAAUUCCUCAUACACCCCGCCACAGUCUCACAUAUGACCUCCACAUCCCCAAUACUCACCCAAACUUGUGAUUCCAACCUCCACAAAAACAAGCCCCACUCUCUGACACUCCAAGCAAAAUCCAAACUCGCCCGAUUCGACUCGCUGGCGCCAACCGAGUCAAUACCAUGACCGACGGCGCCAACAAACCCCUCGACCCGUUCCUCGUCGGUUACCAGCCCUCGGAGCUCCGAAUCGCCUCCGAAUUCCUCACCACGUGGCUCCCCUUCCUCACCAGAGAUCUCUGCCGCCGCUGCGCCACCGCUCUCGCCGAUCGCGUCCGAUCCCUCGGCCCAGAAGCUAGCAGUGAUUCUAAGUUGUCUAAUCCGGAUGAGAAUUUGAGUAAUUCGACACCAAAGAGCACGGAUUUGCAGGAGGCUAGUGGUAAUGGGGAUGAUGAAUAUGAUGAUAACUACGACUCGCUAGGCAGUUGGAAGGACGGCGCCGAUGGGAUAUCGGAACCUUACCGGGAAGCUUCUACCAGUGAUGUGGCGUCGAGACCCCGUUCUGUAGAGACUUCGAAUUCUAAAAUGUCCUGGGCCGACAUGGCGCAGGAAGACGAGCUGGAGGAAGAGGAGGAGUUGAAUAAGCAGCCGGUUCAUGUUGAUGCCUCUGCUGGUGACUUGAGGAUGACAAAGUCUACGUUGCCGAGGGAGCAGAGGGAGCACAUUAGGUUCAUGAGUGUGAAGAGGAAGAAAGAUUUUGAAUCCCUUGAGAGGGUGAAUGGGAAGUAUGUUAACGUUGUUGAGGGGCUGGAGCUUCAUACUGGUAUCUUCAGUGCAGCGGAACAGAAGAGGAUAGUUGAUUAUGUUUAUGACCUCGAACAGAAGGGCAGAAACGGCGAAUUGAAAGCACGAACUUUUACGGCACCACGGAAGUGGAUGAAGGGCAAGGGUCGUGUAACAAUUCAGUUUGGCUGUUGCUACAAUUAUGCAGUGGAUAAAAAUGGUAAUCCACCUGGUAUCCUCCAGAAUGAAAUGGUAGAUCCUUUACCCAGCCUUUUUAAGGUGAUCAUUAGAAGGCUAGUUAGAUGGCAUGUGCUUCCUCCGACAUGUAUACCUGAUAGUUGCAUUGUCAACAUAUAUGAGGAAGGGGACUGUAUACCUCCACACAUCGACAACCAUGACUUUGUUCGACCGUUCUGUACUGUGUCAUUUCUUAGCGAGUGCAAUAUACUCUUUGGAACAAACUUAAGGGUUAUUGAUGCUGGUGAGUUUGAGGGCCCACUUAGAAUCCCCUUGCCAGUUGGGUCUGUUCUGGUUUUAAAUGGAAGAGGCGCUGAUGUGGCUAAGCACUGUGUGCCUGCAGUACCUACAAAGCGUAUAUCAAUCACAUUCAGAAGAAUGGAUGAAUCCAAGAGGCCAGUGUGGUUUACUCCAGAACCUGAUUUGCAAGACAUUCAGGCAUUGUCCUAUGAAGAGGACAAUGGUUAUAGGUCACACUCUCCUAGAAAUGAACCUCGUCCAAGGAGACAAUCAACUAGAAGAGGAGAUAAUCUAGAAUCAAGUCAACCCUCUUAUAGAAGUUACAGCCGCUCAGAGCCUCGCGACACAACUUGGAGAGGACGCGGAUUUGGAAGUAAGUGGAACCAUGGAAGGGGCAGGGGGAAUCUGGGCAGCUAGUUGGUUUGGAUUCACUGUCGGAUAAAGUUCUGCUAUAUUGUCCCAUUUUUUUGCUGGAGAGCUGCAUUUGGAUCUGAAUGGAUUUUAAUUGUCUACUAAAUAGGCGUUUCCGAUGCUUUGGUUUAUUCUUUUGUCACGAGUAAUAUGUACAUGUUUGCGUAGCUGAUGUUCAGAGGAAGAGGCAAAGCCGCAAAGGCAAAGUCAGUGAUGACACAAGUCUCACCUUUUUGCAGAAGACUACAGGUUUCUUUGGCCUUUUUUUUUUUGGGAUGUGAUUACUCCUGUACGUAUAAGGUUGGCAUAAUCAGGUUAGCAUUAUCGAUUUGAUGAGUUUGAAGCAUUGGUGAGUUGUACUAUAUAUUGGAUUAUCAACUUGAGCUUGGUGUUUAUGGCUUCUAUAUUCCCGUGAUAAAUAUACGACCAAUUGAGUGUAUUGCUAUUCCAUUGUGGGAUUGAAAUGAGUUUCUUGGGUUCUAAGUAGUCAUAUAUGUGUCUGCAAAAAGCUUAACUUUACUA